AGGAUCUCCAGGUACCCGGAACCCCUAGGGGCGGGUGUAGCAGGCAAUCUCGGCGAAACUGGGAAGGGUGGGCAGGAGGGCAGAGAAGCCGCUCACCCUGGCACAAAGCGCCUCCCGCUUGAGCGGACUCCAAAGGGACGGUCCGCGGUGUGCAGCAAGCUGCGCUUAGGGGACCUUGCGCCCGGCCCGUCUGCUGCACACAGCCCACCCAGGACGCAGCGCUGACUAGCGGGCGGGUGCAAGGACGGGGCGGGGUCUCUGCGCCCGGCCCCCUCCCCUGACUAUCAAAGCAGCGGCCGGCUGUUGGGGUCCACCACGCCUUCCAUCUGCCCCACUGCUUCUUUGCUUCUCGCUUGGAAAGUCCAGUCUCUCCUCGGCUUGCAAUGGACCCCAACUGCUCCUGCGCCGCUGGUGGCUCCUGCACCUGCACCGGCUCCCGCAAGUGCAAAGAGUGCAAAUGCACCUCCUGCAAGAAGAGCUGCUGCUCCUGCUGCCCCGUGGGCUGUAGCAAGUGUGCCCAGGGAUGUGUCUGCAAAGGGGCGUCAGAGAAGUGCAGCUGCUGCGACUGAUGCCAGGACAGCCUUUCUCCCAGAUGUAAACAGAGAGACAUGUAUAAACCCGGAUUUUUUUUUUUUUUUGAUACCACCUUGACCCAUUUGCUACAUUCCUUUUCCUGUGAAAUAUGUGAGUGAUAAUUAAACACUAUAAACCUGA